AUGAAUUCCUUAAAAGAAGAGCCCUUUAGAGUGGCAGUUCUUGGAGGAACUGGCACGGGAAAGUCGUCAUUGGUGUCGAAGUUGACAGUUGGGAUGGCACAUGAGGUGCACUACCCAACGACCAAACAGAACAACUGGUUGUUUACGUUUGAACCAUCUGGAGAGCUGGUACGUACGCUGAUGGAUGAACGGCCACACCGCAGACGGCUUCUGCAAAGUGGGAAGGCGGAUCGAUCUUUCUUCGACACACCAGAGGUGACACCGCUCGUUCUGCUGUCACCAGUGUUGUUCCAGGCUUUCGCCAACGAAUGGAAGGAGACGAGAACAGUUUUGCGCAGUAAUGCGGCCAAGGCAGAGAUUAGGUGCACCAAUGUUAAAAACGGGGUCUACAACUACGAGGACCAGUCGUGGAAAAACGACUACAUCGACCAAUCGAGAACCACACUGACCAAUUCCGACGCAAACAUUCUCAAGACUCAGCAGUCCAGCGAGGGCAUCGUCUCGUCCCAGUCAAAUGCAUCUUCGUUUCCGGAGGACUACGAACCGCCUACUUACAGCGCUUUGGCGAUCGACAUAGUGGACACGCCUGGCUUCAAGCCAGAUAUGGUGGUGCCUUUCCUGGAAGUGUCGCUUUUCCGUAACCUAGACCAAGAAGUUUUGAGGGGGCUGGCAAAUGAACCACGGAAGCCGGUGUCAACGACAAGUUUGCUUGUCGCAUCAGGCGCCUCAGAGCUAAAUGGCCGCAUCAACGGCUACAUCUUUGUCUACAGUGCCGUACCAGAAUUGAAUCAUGGCACUGAUCCGCCAGGGUAUGACGAUAUCAGUCAAGCUGACAUGCCGCAUGUCUCGACCUGUUCUUCUCGAAACUCGUCCAAUCUCUCAAUAUCACCGACUUCAAGCUCCUCGAGCACGGCAGAAAAAGAGUGCGAUGGUGGUUUGUCUCUUUUGACAACGAUAAGAAACUGUAUGUUGGAUGCUUGGUCCGAAUACCGUGACUACCAGCACCGAUGGUCCGAGGGGAAAGAAGGCGACGUAUAUUCGCUGAUGUACAACUUCAAACAAAUGUGGAAGUCUCAGAAAAACAGAGAUGAGAAGCUACAACAGUUACGUUCAUUUGAUUACAAGCCAAACGCUGUGAAUUGGGACCCUAGUUCUCCAGACUCCCCACCACCUUGUAUCAUAAUAUGCACGCAUGUAGAUGAUCCGCUGGCAAGCCCAGUGUUACUGAACCGCGGAAAGGAGUUAGCACUGCAGUGGGGAUGCGGCUUUGUCGGGGUGGACACUAUGGAUGAUUGCAAUGUGGAAGUUGCCUUGGGAAUGCUGCUGAGGGAGGGUGUCGAAAGAAGGAAGAUUAUAAAGGCGGCAUUGAAGCACAAAAACAAGUCAAAAUAA